AUGCGCCGUGUAAGAAGAAGAGUAACUGUACCAGCUUUCCUACCCAUUACAACAACAUCAUCAAUAGCAACAGUGAUAACACGGCGUUUACUCACAACUGGUUUGUAUGGUCGCACGCAAAGUUGUUAUUAUGCGGCAACGCGGUUACUCGCGUGUGGUGUAAACACUGCAGGCCACUCACGUCUCGGUAUGGACGGCUUCACAGAUGUCACGUACAAUACCGCAGCCGAUGGCUUUCUUGAAAAUAUUGAUAACAUUCUUGAAGAUAUUGCUGCUGAUGCCAUUGAUGAUGUAAAUCUCUCUGGUGGUGUGCUCACCAUUGAGACCACCUCACGUGGUACAUUUGUGUUAAAUAAACAGGCACCAAAUGUGCAAUUAUGGCUUUCCUCUCCCAUUUCCGGCCCUCAUCACUAUGAUAUGAUUCUACCAGAGAAUAGUAGUAGUAGUAAUAAUAGUGAAGAUGUGCAGUGGCUUGCCGAUAGUGAUGGACACUCGCUGAAGGAGCGGUUGGAGAAGGAACUCACGGAGGUAUUAGGUGUGGAGGUGAGACUCUGA